AUGAGUCCCUUUGGAAUAAAAGGUUUCGCAUACGGAAAAAAAGCAGAAAGCCGCGUGUCCGAUGUUCGAGCCGGUACCAACAGUGUGAGAAAUGAUACUGGAGUACUCAUCCACGUCAGCGAAUUCGUCUUCCACGAUAAUUACCAUUACGACUACAUAAACGACGUAGCUCUGAUUAAGCUGGUGCAGCCUCUCACCUUAGGCCCCACAAUACAGCCCAUCCCUCUGCCGGAACAGGGACAGCAGACUCCAGGCGGGACCAUAGCCACUGUGGUCGGAUGGGGAGCUACAGAGUCCGAAUCUUCAGCUGAAACACUGCGGAAGGCUGACAUCCCGGUGUGGACUGACGAGGACUGCCAGGAGGCGUAUGCAGGCUACGAGUACCAGGUUCUGGAGGAGGACAUCUGCGCCCGGAUGCCUGAAGGAGGCAGGGGGCAAUGUAGCGGAGAUGGAGGAGGACCCUUGUUAGUGAACGGAACUCAGAUCGGUAUAGUCUCGUGGUCCAGGAAACCCUGCGUUACCAAAGGAUCUCCUGGCGUGUACGUUGAAGUUUCGUACUACGUCGACUGCAUCAAAGAGAAGACAGGGAGAGCUUAAAGAAUUCCCACCACUAAAUAAAUCAUGGAACACCGUGAGUGUGGUUAAAAUUUGAUAUACACUCUGUAGUUUCCUAAUGCAGCACAUAUUUUGCAAUCACAUGAUGAAAUCGGAGAGU